GCGCCGGGGCGGCCGGGCCGGCUGCCCGCGACGCCAAGUUUGGGAGUUGCACUAGUUGGCGGGGCGGCCAUGGAGCCGGAGCGGGGGUCGGAGCCGGCGGCCGAGUCGGCGCUGGAGAAGAACGUGGCCGAGCUGACCGUCAUGGACGUGUACGACAUCGCGUCGCUCGUGGGCCACGAGUUCGAGCGGGUCGUCGACCAGCACGGCUGCGAGGCCAUCGCGCGCCUCAUGCCCAAGGUCGUGCGCGUCCUGGAGAUCCUCGAGGUGCUGGUCAGCCGCCACCACGUCGCGCCCGAGCUGGACGAGCUGCGCCUGGAGCUGGACCGGCUGCGCUUGGAGCGCAUGGACCGCAUCGAGAAGGAACGCAGGCAUCAGAAGGAGCUGGAGCUGGUGGAGGACGUGUGGCGCGGCGAGGCGCAGGAUCUGCUCUCCCAGAUCGCCCAGCUGCAGGAGGAGAACAAGCAGCUCAUGACCAACCUGUCCCACAAGGACGUCAGCUUCUCCGAGGAGGAACUGCAGAAGCACGAAGGCAUGUCGGAGCGGGAGCGGCAGGUGAUGAAGAAGCUGAAGGAGGUGGUGGACAAGCAGCGGGACGAGAUCCGCGCCAAGGACAGGGAGCUGGGCCUGAAAAACGAGGACGUGGAGGCUCUUCAGCAGCAGCAGACUCGGCUGAUGAAGAUCAACCACGACCUCCGGCACCGCGUCACGGUGGUGGAGGCGCAGGGCAAGGCCCUGAUCGAGCAGAAGGUGGAGCUGGAGGCCGACCUGCAGACCAAGGAGCAGGAGAUGGGCAGCCUGCGCGCGGAGCUGGGCAAGCUGCGGGAGAGGCUGCGGGGCGAGCUCAGCCCGGACGCGGAGGAGGAGCCCGAGGCGGAGCUGGGCGGAGAGGAGUGUGUCUCCGACGCGGAGAAGGCAGCCAUGGAUCUCAAGGACCCCAACCGCCCCCGGUUCACGCUGCAGGAGCUGCGGGACGUGCUGCACGAGAGGAAUGAGCUCAAGUCCAAGGUGUUCUUGCUGCAGGAGGAGCUGGCCUACUACAAGAGUGAAGAAAUGGAAGAGGAGAAUCGGAUACCCCAACCUCCACCCGUCGCACACCCGAGGCUGUCCCCCCAGCCGGAGUCUGGGAUCAAGCGGCUUAAAGAAGGUCCUUUAAGUGACGGGUUUAGCUUCUUCUCCCGAGAUAAGAAGCGCCUGGCCAACGCGCAGAGGAGCGUGCCCGUCCACGAGUCCUUCGGCCAGUGGGCCAGCACCCAGCGCGACGACGGUUACACGGAGCAAGGACAGGAAGCCCUGCAGCACCUGUGACCUCGGGCCUACCAGAGACUACGACCACACCUGCAGCCCAGGGGUCCCCGCCUCCAGGCUCGCCCUCAAACAAACCGCUUUGGGGACAGGCAUUGGAACACUGAUGCCGAACUCUACAGGAACGAUUGUCUAUACGCAGGGCUCUCUCCGUUUAUACUAGACGACUCUGAUCCCGUAGGAUACGUAUUUAAUUACUCCGUGGACUGAGGCCAGACUUCUGCGUUAACUUCAGUAACACAGCUUCUUUAAGCCAAAUACAGGAAUUGCCACUGUCACUGCUGUUCGGCUUGCUUGGUGUGAAAUUCUGUGUGUAGAGGUUUUAUGGCCACAUCUGUCCUGUAGUGGGAGGCAGGAAACGGGUAGCUGGCGGUCCCAGCAGAUUGUGUAGGACCCUGACUGGACAGGCAGGGCCUCUGAGUCACAGAGGGGCUGGCCCGACUCCAGCAGGCCACCGGAAGCCACGGGUGACCGUCCCCCAACGCCUGCAGCAGGUGGGCCCGCCGAGGCAGGGGCUGCGCACCUUGGAACCUGCUGUGAGUUUGCAGUGCUAACCCAACAAAGUUGCUGAGGAUAACA